GACUGGCCCCCAUCUGAUUUUGGGUGUGAUUGAUUUACUUUUAAUUGUUUGAUUGAAUUCUUUUUACAAUUCAAUAGGAUAAUUUCAUCCAUGAGUUCAGUGAAGUAUUUAGUUUUAUUUACUUUGGUUUGUGUUGUGAGUUUAUUUCAGCCUUCCCAGUGUCGUCUGGACUAUCAUUUCUUCUCUGAUUUCCUGAGUAAAUAUUCCUUCACGCUGCCGUUUAAAAUGGCCGAAAAAACGCCCAAGGACUGGGUCGACAGCCUCGUCAAAAAACACAAAGUCGUCGUCUUCUCCAAGUCGUACUGCCCCUACUGUACCAGAGCCAAAGACGCACUCAAAAAACUCAACCUACACGAUCUCCACGUGGAGGAGUUGGAUUCUAAUCCGAACAUGGACCAGGUCCAAGAUUACUUAAACCAACUCACAGGAGCGAGGAGUGUCCCGCGUGUGUUUGUGAAUGGUCGUUUCUACGGAGAUUCCACUAAAACUGUUUCAGACGUCGAGAGUGGGAAGUUCAUGGAACAUUACAAGAAAACUGACUUAUAACCACACACCGACACUUUUUACUAACUCCAGUCAUUUAAUCUUUUAAAUGAUUCUUCA